AUGGUGUUUGAUUUUGAUAAGGCACUGAAUGAUUUCAAGAAUUAUGAGCAAGAAUUAAUCGAAAAAAAUUGUUCCAACCUGUCAUUCCCAAAUAUGGAAAAUAACGUCAACCAUAUAACCAUUCCUUUCCAAACAACAAGAUCUCAAGAAAAUUCGUCAAACUUGGAUGCAUUGGAGCGUCAAACGAGAAAACUUCGUUCAUCCAUCGAACGAUUUUAUUCUUUCACUCAUGGACCCAAAACACAAAGCACCAUGAUGUUAAAAGAUGAUGACGAUUAUGAUUUACAAAUUAAUCCUUUCAUUACUCGUCUAACUUUCACAUUGGCAUGUUCGAAUGAUGUAGUGAUACUUUCUGCACUCUGUGAAAAAUUUCCAAAAUUAGAAGAAUUAACUUUGGUGUGUUUUUGGAUUCCAUGUUUUGAAUUAUUACUCAACAAUGAUGUUACCACUCAUUUCGAUUUAUGGAUUUUUACAAGUCUACAAGAAUUGAAAGAAAUUUCAUUAGAAUUACCUGUCACGUACGAAGGAGAAUUGGUGGAGCAUGAUGAUGACAUUUUAAAAGAAGUAGAAACAUUUACACAUUAUCUUCAUUUUUAUACUUUGAAUCAUUAUGAAAGACUUGAAUCUGUUUUGAAACGAUAUUAUUUAUGUGUUUCCCCUCCUUGUGAUUUGGAGGAGUUGGAUCGACAUUCGAUUUGGAUGCUUCGAUGUAUAAUGAGAUCAAGUGUUUUUACUCUGCCUCAAAAGAAACAAUUAUUGGAUCGUUAUUUCCCUCUGUAUUGGUAUCCUCUCCUGUCACAUGUCUAUUUUCCAUUAGAGGAAAUUUUGACAUCCAGUGUGAAUCAAUCCUUGGUGCAGUACAUGAUUUAUUUAAUGAACAAGUAUGAAUUACCAUUGCGUUUUGAGGCAACGAGAGCAACAAUGAAAGAUUUUUGGUCGUGGUGUUGUCUCUCAUAUGGAAUGAACAUGUUUCCUCAUUUAAAACAUUUAUUGACCUUUUCCGUCAUUGAACAACAAUUUAAAAAGGCAAUUAUUCAACACAUGAAAAAGAAAAUCAAAGAUUCGACAGAAUUUGGAAUGACAUUGAGAGAGUUUCAAAUCAUUUUAGAAAAGCAGCAAGAUUUCACAACCAUGGUUUACCUGUUGGAUUUUGCACAUGAAUGUAACAUGGAAUCGUUGAACAGUGAACACAUCUUUGAAAGUUUUAGAGUUGACACUUCACAUGACAGAAUGGACAAGAAGUGUCAACCAAAGAAGAAUUUAUUUCACAUGUUAGUGUCAAGAAUUCCAAACCAAAAUUCACUCAUUCUUGAAAAUAUUCUUGAAAGACAUGUCACUUCAGACAAUUUACUUGAACUCACUCACACCCAUGACGAUGAAUAUACAUUCUCUGCCUUACAUUUGGCCAUUCUAUACCAAUAUGAUUCAUCGUUGAUUUUGAAAAUGGUUCAAAAACAACCAUUAUUGCUUCAAAUCAAAGAUCAUGAUCAUCGCAAUGACUUACACUACGGUUGCAUGUUUCUUCAAUAUUAUCAUUUGGUAACUCAAUUUUUGGAAAUGAAUCCCCAAUUACGAGUUGAAAAAGAUCGAUAUGAAAGAACGCCCUAUGAAACUUUGAAAUACUUUCAUGCAUUGGACGAUCUAUUCAUUCCACCAUCUUUGAAACCAUCAAUAAAUCCAUGA